AUGAUAAACCUGGUUAACAGAACAGGAGACCUGGGCCAGUUCUCCUUCAUAAUGGUGGGCAUUCCUGGCCUGGAAGCUUUUCACUUCUGGAUCGGCAUCCCGCUCUGCCUUGUCUACGUGGUGACUUUGGUGGGGAACAUCAUCGUGGUCAUGAUCAUCAAGGUGGAGCCUGACCUCCACAAGCCCAUGUUCCUCUUCCUCUGCAUGCUGGCCGUGAACGACGUUCUCCUCAGCAGCACCAUUCUGCCCAAGAUGCUGGGCAUCAUGUGGAUGGGCUCCAGGGAGAUCGGCUUCGGUUCCUGCCUGCUCCAGAUGUACUUGGUCCACACUUUCUCCAUGGUGGACUCUGCCCUCUUGCUGGCCAUGGCCUUCGAUCGCUACGUGGCCAUCUGCCGCCCGCUGCACUAUGCGACCAUCCUCAGCACCACGGCGGUUGUCAAGAUGGGACUGGCAGCUGCUGCCCGGGGAGUGAUAUUGGUCAUCCCCGGCCCUAUACUUCUCAACAGAUCGCCCUCCUGUUUCCUCAAGGUCAUCCCACAUGCCUACUGCGAACACAUGGCCGUGGUCAAGCUGGUCACGUGUGCCAAUACAUUCAUCAACCGGACCUACGGCCUCUCCGUGGCACUCUUGGUGGUGGGGCUGGACUUGGGGCUCAUCGCCACGUCCUACGCCUUGAUCCUGUGGGCCGUCUUCCAGCUGUCAUCGCGAGAUGCCCGGGCCAAAGCCCUGGGCACCUGUGCUGCUCACACCUGCAUCAUCUUGGUAUUUUAUGUGCCCAGCCUCUUCACCUUCCUCACCCACCGGAUCGGCAAACACGUCCCUGCUUACAUCCACAUCAUCCUGGCCAGCCUGUACGUCCUGCUUCCCCCCAUGCUGAACCCGCUGGUGUACGGGAUGAAGACGCAGCAGAUCCGCCAGCGGGUGCUCGGCCUUUUCCACCCGGGAAGAAAGGCGGAUUGGUAG